AUGAGGAGGUUUCACUUGUGGAAAGUGUUGUGUGCGUCAUGUUUGGCGGCGUGCGUCAUCUUGGUAACCAAACCUCAGCCUGAAAAUAUUUGUCCUGAUCCAUCCGAUCCCUACCUGCAGGAAAGUAAGCCUUCCCGGCAGGACGUCCGCUUGUUUGAUGUGCAAGAAGAUGCGCUAGCUGCCAUGCCAAUCCCAUAUAAACAUCUACUGGGCUCUCCUCCAAGCGCAAAACGAUUUCUCUCCAUUGGCAUAUCUUCUGUUAAGAGAGACAAGGAAAACUAUCUUGUGACGACACUUCAAUCAAUCUUCAGCCACAGCAGUCCUGAGGAGUUGGGCGAGUUAGUGGUGGUCGUGUACCUGGCCAACGAAAAAUUCUCCAUAAACACAGAAGUGGCAGAAGACCUUGGAAAGAAUUUUCCUUCAGAGGUUGCGGCUGGGCAGCUGAUGGUGAUAAGCAGCUACAAGAAGGCCUAUCCCACCCUGGAGGGCCUGAAGAGGAACUAUAACGACCCAGAUGAACGGGUCAAAUUCCGUUCCAAACAGAACGUGGACUACGCCUUCUUGGUAAACUUCUGUGCCAAUCUGUCUCGGUUCUACCUGAUGUUAGAGGACGAUGUGACCUGCUCCAUGAACUUCUUCAACUCGAUUAAGUCGUACGUUAGGGAUUACAGCUCUCCGUGGACCACCAUAACUUUCUCCAACUUGGGAUACAUCGGGAAACUUUACCACAAUGAGGAUUUGACCAAACUAGCCCGGUUCCUUCUGAUUUUCUACGAUGAGAUGCCGUGUGACUGGCUUCUAGAUCUUUUCUUCAAAUCCAAGGCUCAGCAUGAGAUAAUCAGGUACAAACCAUCCCUCUUCCAACACAUCGGGCACUUUUCAUCAUUUCAGGGCAAUGAAAAUAAUUUGAAAGACAAAGACUUCAUGGAAGUCAUGGAAGCCUUCGGAGACCAUCCACUAGCAUCUUGCGCCACCAGUAUGAGGGCUUACCAAGACCACACACCGCAUCAUGUGUGCUUCCCCAGUCCCGAUUUCUUUUGGGGGAUCGAUGUAAAAGCAGAUGACAAUUUUACAAUGACUUUCAUGAAUUCGACCAACAUUAAGCAGAUCAACAUCAUUACAGGGAGCUCAGAGCAUCCUGGAGAUACCUUGAAAUCAGGUUAUGUGCUGCUGGGGAGAAAGAAAAUCAAAGCCAAUGAAGAUGUAACAUGUGAAUCGUUUACAAAAAUCGGUGAAUUUCAAAAUGGGACAUUUGUCCUGGACAAUAUAGACCAAGCAGUAGGGAGAUCGAUAGACUGCCUUAAAAUUCAGGUUAUGAAACCCCAAGCCGAGUGGUUGAUAAUACGGAAAGUAGGUAUUUGGGUCACAAGGGAAGAAACGCAUCCAGGUAAAUCCUCUGAUAUUGUGUCAGUCACUAGGUAGCUUCCUUCUGUAGACAAAUAUUGAUCUUGUUUGGAUCGUUCUCUUUGUGGAGAAGCACCUUUUAUUGCCGGGACAGUCAUAUGAUGAUUGAGCACUCGGGCAGCUGGGUAUGUUUAAUAACAGAAUUUAGCAACAGGGAACACCGGUAUAUUUAAUAACAGCUCACAAAGCAACGUGCGUGCUGCCACCCACCGCAACCAAUCACAAAUCUUCUUUCAUCAAUUUAGGGGGAC